AUGACUCAGUGCUCGCGGUCGUGCCAGAUGACUCGGUGCCCGAUGACUCCGUGCCCGGUGACUCGGUGGCCGCCGACUUGCCCAGUGACUCGGUGCCCGCUGUCAUGCCAGAUGACUCGGUGCCCGCUGUCGAGCUUGAUGACUCAGUGCCCGCUGUCGGGCCAGAUGACUCGGUGCCCACUGUUGGACCAGAUGACUCGGUGCCCGCUGUUGGGCCAGAUGACUCAGUGCCCGCUGUCGGGCCAGAUGACUCGUUGCCCGCUGUCGUGCCAGAUGACUCGUUGCCCGCUGUCGUGCCAGAUGACUCGUUGCCCGCUGUCGUGCCAGAUG